AGAUUUUUAUCUAGUGUCCCAAAACUAACAAGCAUCUUUAUCCAUUAACUCACAUUUAAUCACAGUGGGGCUGGAGAAAAGGAACAAAGGUUAUGCAGUCCCACACUGUGGCUCAGAAGGCCCCAGAAGGCUUGGGUGACGGGCGCUCAUUUGGGAGCCUCUUACCCCGCUGCCGCCAUAUCUCAAAUUUCUACUCUCAUUCGGUCUCCUUGUUUGUGCGGUUUGUGUGCGGUUUGCUAGGUGUCAUGGCAGGAACCGGCCGGCCGCCAAGACAGACUCGGAGACUUCAAAGGAACAGAAGCUGAAAAAGAUCUGGAAACGCACAGUUUCAGAGUCAGAAGAAAACUUCAAGAUGGAAUGGAGCAAAGAUAACCUGUCACGUAUUUCAGAACUCCCUGCGGGCUGGACCCAGGAAUGUAUGCUCCAGUCAAUGGGCAGGAGUCUUCAACAGAUCUUCCAACACGUGGAGAGUGCAAGAUUAAGUCUUAUGGAAUUGGAUUUGCCAGAAUCAAAGGAUGUGACUUCUUCCAACACCUCUCUUCUUAAGGCUCAGGAGGCUGUUCCACCCUGUUGUGUCUGUGAGCAGGCAACAUAUUCCACUGAUCACAGCACCUCCUCUGGAUCAUCAAGAAACAGCUCCAGCCUCUCUUACCUUCCUGCCUUUAUUGAAGGGACAACUUGGCAAUUUUGGAGUGAUUGUUUGCCUGUUUCCCACAGAAAGCAACCAUCUGUGUUCAGGAACCAAGGCACAUCACUGCCUCAGGGUCUGAGAAACCAGAACAUAUUCAGUAUUUGGAAGCUCUUUCACACUUACCACCACCUAACUCUUCUGUUGACUCUGUUUGAACCCCCAAAUGUUUGCAAACAAGAAGAGAAAACAAAAAAUAAGAGAAGGAGCAGGAAUCAUUUGUUAUUAGAUUAUGGGCCAAAUUCUGUUUUGAGUGAAAGACCACGACUUCCAGGGUGGGCCCUGGCCCGGCUGUCUCCUUUGGCUAGAGGGGAGCUAGACGGACAUUUGUCUUCAAAUGUUUCUAGUUCUGUGCAGAAAUCAUGGGCAAUGAUAAAACAUCUUAGUACAGAGCAAAGUGUUGUAGAUCUUCCAGAAGAAAGAAUUCAGCAGCCUAGUACACAAGUGACUAAUAUGGAGCUGACCCCAAGGCUUCCUUAUAAAGUCAAAGAUAACAUAAAGAUAACUCCAUUGGCAUUACUUCAGGUCAUGGCUUCAAUGAUGAUGAUCCCACAAUCACAUUUAGAAGUGACAAAAUCUGUGACUUUGUUCCCACAUGCACCAAAUCAAGCUGUAAAGCCAAUGGCAGUCAUGGAAACAAUGCAUGUAACUCCUAAACCACCAAAUCAAAUAACUGAAUCAGUGGAAGUGACUCCAAAGACUCAGCAACAAGUUGUAGAAUGAAACAGGAUGGCCUCAAGACUAAAUAAAGUCAUAGAUAAUGUGAAGAUAACUCCUGCAGCAUUGCUUCAAGUCAUGGAUUCUAAAAGAAUGAUUAAUGAAUCAUAUCCAUGUAACACAGACCCACUAGGAAUGACCCCAAGGCCACAAUAUCAAGCCACAGAGUCUGUGGAGAUUAAUUCAUUGUUGGAUCAGCAAGCUAUUAGACCAGGAAAGAUGAGUCCAAUGCCACAACACACAGUCAUGGAAACUGUGGAAAUGGCCCCAGGGCCAAAGCACAAAGUCAUGGAAUCAGUGAGUACAACGUCAGUAUCACAAAGUCAAUCCAUGGAACAAGUAAAGAUUGCUUUACACCUAAUACAUCAAAACACAGAAUCACUGGAAAUGAUCUCAAUACCAUUACAUCAGGUCAUUGAUUACAUGAAAGUAACUCCAGUGGCACUAUUACAAACCAUAAGUUUCAUGGAGAUUCCAUCAGCACAGUCACAUGAUAUAGAAUCUGGGGGUUUGAUCUCAGGUUCACAGUCUCAAAUUGCAAAUUUGACCCCAAGGCCAACUCAGACAGAUGGUUUGAUGACUUCUAUCUCUUCUACUGCUAUUGCUCCACAGUUACCAUGUGCAAAUCAUUCUGAGUUGACCAGGGGGCAACCGUCACAAGGUAUGAAAUACUCUGAAUUGAUCCAAGAGCCAGAGCUGGAAGAUAUAAAACCUGGGGAGCAUAUCCCAGUCUCAAGGCUUCAAGGUUUAAAAUCUGGGAAGCUGAUCUCAGAACCACAGCCAGAAGAUAUGACAUCUGUGGAGCUAACCCUAAGGACACAUUUGGGAGGUAGGAAAUCUAUGAAGUUAACACCAAAGCCAGAGCCAGGAGAAGUCAAAUCUAUGGUGUUAAGUCCAGGGCCACAGACAAGAGGCAUAAAAGCUGGGGAUCUGGCCCCAGGUUCAGGGCCUCAAGGUUUACAAUCUGAGUUGAUGCCUUUAGGAUCACAGUUGAAAGAUAAGAAAUCUGUGUUCUUAACUCCAGGACCAAGUCUAGAAGGUAUGAAAUCUAUGGAGUUAACCUCAAGUCCCCAGCUACAAGGUUUAAAAUCUGUGGAGGUGACUCCAGGUUCAAGAAUUCAAGAUUUGAAAACUGAAGAGUUAGUCUCAGGUACAAAGAUUCAAGAUACGAAAGUUACUGAAUUGAAACUUGGGCCAAAGAUGCAAGGUGGGGAUUCUGUGGCUUUUCCACCAGAUCCAUUGGUUCAAGUUGUUAAGUCCAAGGAGGUUCUUCAAAGGUCUGAACUGCAGAGUAUGAAACCUGAGGAACUCAUUUCAGAGCCACAAACGCAAGAUAUGAAACUUGUGACUGUUACUCCAUUAAUUGAGCUGCAAAAUUUAAAAUCUGUAAAGGAUACUCCAGAUUCACAGCUGCAAUGUGAAAAAUCUGUGAAAUUGGACCUAAGGCUAAAGAGUCAGGAGACAAAAUCUGUGAAUGUAACCAGAAGACAAGGGUUUCAAGAAGUAAAAUCUGUGGAUUUAGACCCAAAGCAACGCUUUCAAGGGGUGACACCAGUGAGUUUAACUCUUGAUCCUGGACAGGAUGGCCAGGUAUUUGUAAACUUACCAGGAUGGAAACGUGAAUAUAGAACAACUGAAGAAAGGAUUUGAGUCAGACAGUAUAAUGUCUUUGGAGUUCAUUCCAGAGCCCAAAUCAAAAGAUAUAAAAUCUGUACAACUCAAUUCCAAAAUACAGUUGAAAAAUAUGAAACCAUUUGAAUUCGCUCCAGGACCAGAUAUUCAAGAUGUAAGAGCUAAAGCAUUCAAAUAUGGACCACAGUUGCAAAGUAGGAAAUCUCCCAAGUUGACCCCAGGACCACAGCUUCAAGACAUGAAAACUAUGAAGUUAAACAAAGAGCCACAGAUCAGAAGUAUGAAAACUAUUCAGUGGAUGUCAAGGGCUGAGUUCCAAGGAGUGACCUCUGUAGGGCUAAAUGUUGGAUCAAAAUCUCAAGGUUUUAUAUCUGAAAAAGUGAAAUCUUCCAUACAGUCUGGAGAUGUGAAGUCAUCUGAAUUGACUUUAGGACCUAAACUUCCAGGAGCAAAAUCUACAAAGUUUAAUCCUAAGUCACAGUUAGAGUGUGUGAAAACCCCUGAAUUGCUCCCAGGACAGUGGCUACAAAACAGGAAAACUUUUGCAUCAACCUCAGAGCCACACCUUGAAGGUGUGGAAACUGUGGAAUUAAACAAAGAGCCACAGCUUGGAAACAGGAAAUCUCUACAGUGGAUACCAGGACCUGAGUUCCAAGGUGUGAAAUCUACAGCAUUAAAUCUGAAGACACAAUCUCAAUGUGUCAAACCUACAGGGUUUAAAUCUUUCAUACAGCUGGGAAGUGUGAAGUCAUCUGAAUUGACUCUAGGGCCAAAAAAUCAAGGUAAAAAAUCUAUGAAAUUCGACCUUGGGCCACAGAAACAGUGUGGGAAAACCUCCAAGUUGUUCCUAGGGUCCAAGCUACAAAAAGGGAAAAAAUUUGGGUCAACCUCAGAGCCACAGCUUCAAGAAAGGAAAUCUGCAGAGAUCUACCCAGGGCCACAGCUUGGAAGUAUGAAGACUAUUGAGUGGAUACCAGGACCACAGUUCCAAGUUAUAAAAUCCGCGCCACAAUCUCAAGGUGUCACAGCUGUAGAGUUGAAACCUUCAGAACAACUGAGAGAUGUGAAGACAUCUGAAUUGUCUCCAAGGUCAAAGCGCCAAUGUAUACAAUCUCUGGCAUCACUCCAGGAAUAUCAGCUUCACGGGGGUUCAAACCCACUGAUUUGAAAUCUGGGCCAGAGUUCAGAAGUAUGAAAUCCUAUGACCCAACUUCAAGGCCAAAGCUCUGUGAUGUAAUAUCCAUGGUAUUCAACCCACAGCUUCAUUUGCAAAAUGUGAAAUCACUGGAGUUGACCCCACGACUACAGCUACAAGUGAAACUCUUAGAGUCAUCCCCAGAUACAGAGCUUCAGGGUAUGUUUAUGCAAGAGCCACAGCUUCAAGGAGUGAAACCGAGCAUUUUAAGCCAAGCACCACAAUUACAAAAUGAUAAAAUUGUAGAGUUCAACUCUCUACUACACUUGAAAAGUAUGAAAUCACCUGAAUUGGCUCUUCAGACAAAGCCUCAAGGUAUGAACUCUGAGGAGUUCAACUCUGGGCCCCAGUGGCAAAGUACAAAAUGUUCUAACUUGAGACCUGAGACAAAGUUCCAAUAUAAAAAAUGUAUUCAGUUAAGCCCCAGCUCACAGUCAAAAGGUACACCAUUUUCUGAUUUGACCAUGGAAAACAAGAUUCAAGGUGUCAAGUCUACAGACUUCAAAACUCAGUCACAGUUUGAAGGUGUAAAAUCUUCUGAGUCAACAUGUAGGACAAAGCUUCAAGAAACAAAACUGAUGGAAUUCAACUCAGGUCCACAGUUGCAAGAUGUGAAAUCUUCUAGGUUGAUCAUGGGUAUAAAGCUUCAAGAUACAAAAUCUAUGGAUUUCAGUUCUGAACCACACUUACAAGGUGUGAAAUAUGUAGAAAUGAAAUCUAGUCCAAAGUUAACAGGAGAGAAAUCUGAUUUGAUCCUGGGGAAGGAGUUUCCAGGUAUGAAAUCUGGACAACACUUUAAAAGUAUAAAAGCUUUUGAAGUGGCACCAGGGACAAAACUUCAAGAUUUCAACUUUGGACCACAAAUUCAAAGCCAAAAAUCUGAGUUGGUUCAAGGGACAAAGCUUCAAGAUGUGAAAUCUGUAGAAUUCAACCAUGGUCCAAAGUUACAAGAUGCAACAUCGGCUUUAAUACCAAAGACAAAGCUUGAAAGUGGGGAAUCUGCAGAAUUCAACUCAGACCCCCAGUUGCAAGAUGUGAAAUAUUCUAAGCUAAUCCCAGAGACAAAGUUUAAAUAUAUAAAAUCUAUAGAGUUUGGUUCUAGACUAUACUUUCAGGGUGUGAAAUCUCACAUAAUCCCAGAAACAAAACUUCAAAAAGAGAAAUUUGUGGGAGUUAUGCCUCAGUUACUACAGCAAGAUGUGAAAUCUUUUGAGGUGACUCUAAGUAAGAUACAAGAUAGAAAAUCUUUGAGGUCCAAGUCUGCUCCACCAUUUCAAAACAGGAAAUUUUCUAUGUUGAUACCACAAAUAUAUGAUGAAAGUAUGCAAUCUGUAGAAUUCAACCCAGGCAUCAAGUUCCAAGGUGUGAAAUGUGAGUCUAUAAACCAUCCAACAGUGAACUAUACAGGGGUCAGUGAUGGCUCUGAAAAGUCUUCCAAGUUGAAACCUACGACAGAGUUUUAAGAUAUAAAAUCUAAGGUCCGCUGCCUUGGACCACAUUUGCAAGGUAUAAACUCUUCUGCAUCCAUUCCAGGACUAAAACCUCAAUGUGUAAAUUCUACUGGGUGCAACCCUGAGCCACACUUGAAGGGUGUGGAUUCUUCUGCAUGCACUCCAGGGCCAAAACUUCAGUGUAUGAAUUCUACUGGGUGCAACUCUGAGCCACAUUUGCAAGGUGUGAAUUCUUCUGCAUGCAUUCCAGGUCCAAAACCUCAGUGUGUAAAUUCUACUGGGUGCAACCCUGGACCACAUUUACAAGGUGUGAAUUCCUCUGCAUCUUCUUCAGAGUUAAAACCUUAGUGUGUAAAGUGUACUGGGUGCAACCCUGGGCCACAUUUGCAGUGUGUGAAACCUUCUGGAUUAACUCCAGCUUCAAAACUUCAAGAAAUGAAAUCUUGUAAGCUGAAUUCAAGAACAAAAUUCAAAGCAAUACAUCUAUAAUGGUCAACUCUGGACCACACUUGCAAGGUAUGAAAUCUUCUGAGUUAACCCCAGGGACAAAGUUUCAAGGGGUCCAAUUUUCAGAGAGCCAGCUUCAGUGGAAGCAGCAAGUUGUACAACCUGUGUUCACUUUAGGGCCUCCAUUAAAUGGUGUGAAAUCUGUGGUAGUUUUACCAGAUCCACUGCUUAAAGAUGUAAAGUGUGAGGGGAUGAGCAGCCCGUCAUUACUUUCUGCUGCAGACUCUGUAAAACUGAUUUCAGGCUCUGAAGUGCAGGAUUUAAAAUGUGAGAUGUUUGCACCAGAGUUAAAUUUUCAAAAUUUGCAAUCUGUGGAGCUGAGGACAGGAUCCCAACAGCAAGAUAUAAAUAGCCAAGAGUUGAAUGUAGGAUGGCAAGGUGUGACAUCAGUAGUGUUGGGACCAGAGCCAACUAGAAAUCUCCUACCAGGACCAGCACUAAGUAGUGUCAAAUUUUCAAAUUUGUUUCCAGAAACACAGCAACAAGGUAUAAAUUCUUUGGAGUUUACUUCAGAGCCAAAGUUCCAAAGCAUAAAACAUGUGGAAUUAUCUUCAUUACCUCUAUAGCAAGUUGCCACAUCUGUGGAGUUAGCACCAAGGCCACUGCCUCAAAAAGUGCAAUUUGCAAAUCAAUCUCUGAGAACAAGUUCUCAAAAUACAGAAUCCUCUGAAAUAAUUCCUAGAACAGGGCAUCACUUUGUAGAAUAUAAAGAGAUGACCCCCAAACCAAGGCACCAAGUCCCUGAAUAUGUGAAUUUGAUUUCAAUACCAAUAUAUCAAGCCACAGAAUCUUCGGAAAUGACAGAAGGGUUGGCAGAUAAAGGCCCAGAAAGUAUAGAGAAAUCUGUGGGGCUGACCCCAAAGCCAACAGGCAAACCCAUGGAAUCUGCAAGGAUGCCGCUGCAAUUAGAUCUUCAAGUACCAGAAUUUGUUGAUCUGACUUCAGUGCUAAGUGAUCAAGGGUCAAAAUCAGAAUCAAUCACAAGAAAAAACCACAAAACUCCAGCAACACUGGAAUUGUUCUCUCAAUUAUGGCCCCAACUGAAAGAUUUGGGGGGGGGGGUUAUACAUAAAGCCACUGUAGCAAGUUACAGAAUCUGAAGAGAAGGCCCCAGAGCACAAACAUCAUGUUACAGAAGGUACAAGGUUUACCUGUGAUGCAAAGCUGUAAGAGAAGGAAUUUCUUGGAAUGACCUCAGAGCCAGUAAGUCAAGCCACUGGAUAUACAGAGAAAUAUCCAAAGCUCUGUCCUCAAGCCAUAGAAUCCAUGGGAAUAAUUUCUGAGAAAAGAUUGCAAAAGGAAGAAUCUAUAAUACUGAUACCAAAGCCAUUAUAUCAUUUCCCAGACUCUGCUUCAGGAAUGACACCAGGGCUAGGCCCUCAAGUUCCUGGAUGUGUAGGGUUGACUUCUCAGGAACCUAUGGAAUUGACUCCAAAGUCACAAGAUUAUGAGAGAGCUUCAGGAAAAACUUUAAGGUUAGGAUAUCAAGUGCCAGAAUCUGUAAGUUUGACCUUUAACCAAUGGCUGCAGAUAGAAGAAUCUUUCAAGUUGCCCCCAAAACAAAAAAGUCAAAGUGUGAAGACAGAAUCUGCCAUAGGAUCAGGGAUUGAAGUAACAGAUUGUUUAGGUUUAUAUCCAAAAUCUUCAAAUUCUUCUUUAUAAUCAAAUCUUCAAGAAUUGGUAAAGCCUGUAGAAUUAACCCCAACUCCAAAUAUUCAAGUAAAAUUUGCAGAAUUACCCUCACAACAAACAUUUUCAUUUGAGGAACCUAGAGUAGUGACUCCUGAGCAAAGGCUUCAGCUUGUAAAAUCCAUAGGGAUAACAAAAGAACCUCCUAAGGUCAUGAAAUAUGAGGAUUUGAAUCAAGAACAGGUGUACCAGAAUGAGGACUCUGAGGAAUUAACAUCAGGAGAAGAGUUACAAAUUAAGAAUUAUUUCUCUAGAUUCCCUCACAACCCUUCAACCCCAUUCCAAGUUCUGUUAAAACAUAUGAAUUAGGAGAACUUCAGGAUUCUGAGAUGUCAAAAGAAUUGAGAGCUAUGGAUAUGAAAACCUUUGGAACAGAUAUUUUGCAACAUCAAGAGUCCUACAUAGACCCUUUUAUGAUACACUCUUCAGCCCUUCCCUUGGCUCUUCAUACUCAACCCUCUGAUAAGACAAUGAACACUGUGGAAACCUCACAUCCUGAGAUCCCGGGAGUGGCUAUUGUAUCUAAGGAAAGAACUACAAGGAAGCAGAUGGAGGAAUUAAGAGGACUCACUGCAGAAGUAUUUCCAACAUCCACUGCAAAGCUGGAGAUCACCACCUGGGACCUCUCAGGCAGGAUUAGGGCCUCAAAGAAGCCCUAUUCAAUCUUUCUUGGGGAGACAAUAGAAUGUCUGGGAGAGACAUGCCGACAGGCAGAGACUACCUAGAAAAUAUCUCUCCACUAUGCUAAUGCUGGGGAAUGUCUUAGGGACCACUAUAGAAAGGAACCUUUGUUCUUGAACAUGUUUAGCAAAAAGAGCCACUGAAGAUGUCUGUCAAUGUGUUCAGAAUUUAUUUGGGGUUCCAGCUGAACUGAUGGAAUUUUCCAAGACCCUGCCAGAGAAGGGUCCAGAUACUGUUUCAAAGCCUCCAGUUUUCAAAAACUACAUUCAGAGGCAUGCUUUAUGCCAUGGUUAUGAAACAAAGAAAGGGGUUAAGGGUGUGGACACGUGGCUUCACAUCUUGCAUAAUAUAUCAAUACUCUGGGACCAGACUGAGAAUAAAGAAAAGAAACUCAAAGCUCUGUGAUAAGUCCCAGGAAGCCACUGAGUACAUGCCAGUUUCAUGUGUAGGGGGCCAGCUUCCUAUCCAAGUAGAGUCAGAAACUUCCCAUGGGAUAUUUCACAAUAAGGAAGAUGAAUCACUCUCUGAUUCAGAGACAGUGACUUUUGGGCCCCUUUACUUCCAAAGACCAAGUUAUUCUCAGGCCAAGAAUGACUCCUCAGAACAGUUCCGCCUACUACAAGAUCUGGAGCAAAAAGUUGCAGCGAAACUCAUAAGGAGUCAAAUACAUCCUAAUGUGCCUCCACCUCUAACUUCAGGUCUUGUCUUAAAAUAUCCCUUCUGCCUACAGUGUGGCCGAUGUUCAGAAUUUACUUGCAAUCAUAAAUUACAACUACUCCUGCAUCUUAUCUUCUUAUCUAUUCACAGCUCCACCUUGUGAGGACUCCUGAAGGCCAUGGUAAGGUUUGGGUGCAUCUUGGCUUUAGGUUGCGAACUGAGAAAAGACCUCAAGUCUCAAAGUAUCAAGGAAGAGACAGACACACCAUACCAAGAAGUCCUAUAUCACCAUCACAAAAGAAAGCUAAAAUCUAUUCUCCAGCUUCCAAGAGUGUUGGUCCCACAGUAGAUUUUCAGUCUGGAUCUUCCCACUCUCCUGAUCCUUCCCAAGUCCACAUCAGGAGAAAGCAAUGGAGCAAUCUUGAAUCAGUCAGCAAGACAGAAAUUGGAGCGUCUGAGCACCAUGAGUUCCCUAAAGUUCACUCCCUGUCAGAGAGUGAUUCUGAAAGCAAUCACAAUGAGAAAUGCACUAAAGUGAGAACAAAAGAGACCUCUGAUUCAAAAGAUCCAAUGAAAAGAAUCACAAAGGGAUUUAGAUCACAAAACACAAUACAAAGUACUUCUAGGGAAUUACCAGCCCCUUUAAGGAGGAAGAGGAUUGGAGCAUCUCAGACAAGUACUGCUUCUUUAAAAAGACAACCUAAGAAAUCCUCGGAUCUCAAGUUCAUGGAACUGCUUUUUCAAGGCCUAAAGGAAGUAUUCCAAACAGCACACAGUAUUAUGCCUUUUGUCGGACAGAAGAAGCCUGAAGAUAGGACAAAGCUAGAAAAUUUGUCAUCAAGUAAAAACUACAAUUUACAACAAAAAUCUAAGGACUACAAGAGGAUGCCAAUUGUCAUGCAAAGGCCAACAAAUCCAAUCACUAAUCAGGAGGACAUAUUUUGGGGAGGGCCAGACCAAUGCAGAUUAGCUCAUCAGCCAAAAAGAGCUAGCUCUUCCCAUCCCAGACCUUGACAACUGCCCAAGCUCACAGCUUCCCAAAGAGGAAUUACUUUCCACACUACCUCAGUCAUGCAGCCUUUGGGUACAAUUCAAAAUGUCAGUAGCAGCAGCACAAAGAAAAACUUCCACAGAGAUGAAAUCUCUAGCCAAGAGUCUGAGAACUUGCCCACACCAGGAACCAGAUUUCAGGCUCAACCGAGAAAUCUGCCUGGUGCCCUUCGGAAGAGAACCUCCAAGAGUCAUCUCAAAGAGAAGCACACACACAAGGUGCAAAAGCACCACAGCUCCUCCAGGGACAGAACCCGACAAAAAUCCCUCUGAGAGGAGCCAGUGCGCACCCUCUCAGGGACACCAUCAAAGUCUCUCUGAGAAAACUCUCCGCAGUCCCUUGGAGGGAAGUCGUCCCAGUUCCUCAGAGAGGUGACGCCGCACGCCCUCGGAGAGGAGACUUCGCAGUCCCUCACAGAGGAGAGGUCACAGUCCCUCGGAGAGGAGAGGUCACAGUGGCUCAGAGAGGAGCCGUUGCAGUGCCUCAGAGAGAAGCCACGGCUCCUCUGGGACAACCACCACUCACCAUCUGUCUGGGAGGAAAGGCCAUAGUUCUGGGACAACCCGUCGCAGUCCCUCGGAGAGAACGCAUCCCAGUACCGCUGAGAGAACCCAGCCACUCGGAGAGGAGCCAACGCAGUCGCGCUGAGAAAACUCAUCACAACCCCCCUGAGGAGAGGCUCAAAGACAGUUCCCCUAAGGAGAGGCCCAGACAUAGUCUGCCUAAAGAGUUCAAGAGUUACUCAAACGUGUCUCCUAGGGACACCACUGAAAAAUUCAAAAGCAGGGCAGAUUACAGAUGUCUCCCUCAACCCUUUAUCUAGCUCUCCUUUCCUAGCUUUUUUCCUCCACAGCCAUUGCCUUCAAUUCCCGCCUCGACAAUGAAAGAACCUUGACACCUCUUUACCUGUGGGGAGGGGAGCGAGCAUGAGUCUGUAAUUUUUUUUUUUUUUUUUUUUUUUGGUACCGGGGAUGGAACUCGGGUCCUUGCGCUUGCGCAGCAGGUGGCGAAACCAUUGAGUUAAAUCCCCGGCCCUGUAAUUUCUAAUAUCAAUAAAGGGAAUAAUUGA